ACUAUAAAGACAUGACGUCCUGUUUAGUUGUCACAGCGCUCACUUUGGCAUUUAUACAAGAACAGUUUCUCAUCCUUUAAACAGUUGAAGUGAUGAUAUCAAAACGUCGUUUAGCGAGUUAGCUGACAGCGAAUGAAAAGUCCGCAGGGAGGCUAAGUUAGUUAGCGAACUUCCCGUCUGCAGUCAGUGCCACAUCGUCAGAAGCUGGUCCGCGGACACACAUUUAUAUUGUUGAUAAGUUGUCAGACUUUUGUUUUUUGGGACCUUUUCUGAAUAGUUUUGAUGUUCUUGCCCAUAGUUUUAUUAGGGUUGAUGUUGCACAGAGCCAUGAAGAGGCUUCAUCCUCCAUUUACAAACCUGUGAAAGUCCAGAGAAGAAGACAGGAGGAAAUUCACUGCAGCUGAAGUUUGGAGAAACAGGGAUAAAUUCAGCCAUGGCUCGGGAAGAAGAUGAAGAGGAGCUCACAGUCAAUAAACCCAAGGAGGUGGACAUGUUUACGUCCGUGCGUUUCCUGGGCUACCUGUCCAGCAUCAACCUCCUUGUGGCGGUGUGCGUGGGCAUGUACGUCCGCUGGGAGGUGACGGGCGAGCCGAUGAUCCUGGUCAUCUUCAUCCUGGGCCUCUUCGUCCUGGGGAUAGCCAGCAUCCUCUACUACUACUUUUCCAUGGAGAGAGCCAGCCUCAGCUUGUUCCAUCUGUGGUGUGGCUUCCUGCUCGGGCUUCUGUGCUUCCUCAACAGCCCCGCUUUGGAUUCAGACGUCAAGGAACUGGUCGCCAACUAUCUCCUCCUCGCCAGUAUUAUUUUGAAAACUGUUUGGGCUGUAACCGAGCGCAUAUGCAGCUCCAUCCAUUACAAAGCCACUUUGUUGACAUCGAAUGAGCUGCUGGAGCUCCUGGGAUUUGGCAUUGCCAGCACCACUAUGCUUCUUCACAAGUCAGCGGCCAUAGUAGGCUUGGUAGUGGCCCUGGGCGCUCUCAUUGUAGACCUGCGGAUGAAAUCCCUCCUGGCCUUGCCCAACCUCAUCUGUUUUGCCUUGGUUACGUCUCUUGUGUUUUUCCAGGCCAUAGGCAUCGCAGCCAACCCAUUUGCUUUAGGCUGCUACCUGGGCAGGCUACUGUGUGAGCCUGUGCUGGAUGUGUACUUCAGUGGGCUGGGGCCCAGCGUCCGCUGGAUGCCACUGCUCUCUCUGGGGAACGUCUGGAGGAGGCUGUCCCUGCUGCCCCUGAGUGUGACUGAGCUGGCCUUCUUUGUCCUGGCUGCCUUGAAGCUUGGCCACUUGGAGCUGUGGUAUCUGGUGAUCCCAGGCUUUUGCGUCUUUGGCAUUUUGUGGUUCAUCUGCCACAUUAUUCUGCUGAUCACAAUUUGGGGCUUCCACACGAAGCUGAGUGAGUGUCAGAAGGCCUGGCGGGCUCAGCGGUCCAGUAGCCGCAGUCUGGAGCAAGUCAUGGCCUCCAGGGGCAUCCGGCACUUCUGCCUCAUCUCAGAACGGCUGGUGUUCUUUAGCUUGCUGUCCACGGGGAUACUGGGGGCUGUGUCCUGGCAGCCCUCCAACGGCCUCUUUCUCAGCGCUCUGCUGGUGGUGUUGCCUCUGGAGUCCCUGGCCCAUGGUUUGUUCCACGAGCUGGGCAGCUGCCUGGGGGGAACCUGCGUCGGAUACGCGCUGGUCAUACCAACGGCCUACUGCAGUGCCAACGGCCAGCCCACUCUCUUACCACCUGAGCAGGUGCAGCAGUUGAACCAGCGCUCCACGGGCAUGCUGAACAGUGUGCAGCGCCUCUUCUCCCACCACAUGAUCCAGACGUUCGGCUGCGACUACUCCACCAGCGGCGUCACCCUGGAGGCAAUGCUGACCAAGCUGCGGGACUUUCUGGAGCGUCACACUGUGGACGGGCCCCGACAUGACACCUAUCUGAUUUUCUACAGCGGGCACACGUACAAAGGCACCGGGUCGUGGGCUCUGUCAGGAGGUGAGAGUCUCCACCUGGCCCAGUUGCUGGAGCUGUGGAGGGAGAAGAACGCCGGCCACUACUCCCGCCUCAUCCUCGUCCUGGACACGGAGAACUCCCUCCCCUGGGUCAAGGAGGUGCGCAGGGUGGACGGGAUCUAUGUGGCCGUGCAGGGGGCCGAGCUGUCCGCCGCCAGGGUCGACCCCGAGGCCGGAGACAUCCCUCUGUUAGGGGACUUCACCUCUGAAUGGGUGGAGUUCAACUGCAACCCAGACAGCGACACCCAGUGGUCGGAAAGGGGCCGGACAGUGACGGCCUCGUACGGCGUGUCCAAGCGCUGGAGCGACUACACGCUGCACCUGCCCACCGGGAGCGAUGUCGCCAAGCAUUGGAAGACCCACUUCCCCAGGGUCACAUAUCCCAUGGUGCACCUGUCCAACUGGUGCUGUGGUCUCAACCUGUUCUGGUUGUGCAGCGUGUGUUUGCGCUGCUUCAGGAGGUGCAAACUCGCCUGGUUCCCACCCGCUGUUCUGGACACUGGGCAGGGCAUCAAACUGGUGCAUUCAUAGGUCGCAUGGGAAGUUGUAACGUUCGUUUGUUGUCUUAACAGUUGGGAGUGUGUUGGGUACACGGUGUUUACAUAAAGGAAGGAGAAUGUGUUUAUAUAAGAUUUUACCCCAGGAGGAGAGAGGAGAAGUUGUUCAGAGAGAUUCUUUGCAUCGUAAUUUCUGAUGCACAUUAUUAUAUUGGAACCCCAGAAUGAGGCCGUGGGACGCCAAAUAAAAUAACCCCAUGCAUGCUGCACAUGAAGAGCUCAAAGAAUAACAGUUACUGAGUGCAGCUCCUUUAUUAAGGUUUCUUCAUAUAUUAAUGAUUGAUCAUAUUGAAAGACAGUUUGUUUUAUUUUGUAAUUCUAUUUUGUUGGGAAUUCUUUCUUUUGUUACAUAGUGCCAUUUUAUCUUUACAAUGCUGUGCCUUCUGAGGGCCUUAAAUUUGCUGAAUUAUUUUAUAUUUAUGUGUCUUAUACAUCCUUGCCUUGCCUCUUAUUUUGUAUUUAGAGGAUUAAGGAGACAGUUGUUUGAGCCGGGGAGGGGCUCAGUGUCUUCCUAAAGCCUUUCUACAGGAUGGACAAAAUAUUGCCUGUUGUGAGGAUGAACCCUCUGGUUCCAGGGACGUCCGACGUCGACCUGCCGCUCUCGCUGUGCGAUCCUUUCUCUUUCUCUUUUCAAAUUGCAUUUAUUUCUGCCCCGAACAAAGACAGAUGCAUGACAGUAUAUCACGACCAGACAAUAGCCCUCUUUUUGUAUUAUAUUAAGAUUAAUUCAUCUUAAAGAAGUCAUUUUGCUCUUUACAAACUCAGUUUCGACUUGUCAUGCAAAGCAACAAAUCAAGAGGUUCCGGGUGCUUGCUUUCUGUGCACUGACCUCUUUAUUUCCUUUACUUGCUGCGUUUCAUCUCUCCCCCACAAACACGAACUCUGGAGAGGAUUGCUGCCUUGAAAUAAGUUUGUUUCUCUGUGAUGUUUUCAAAGAGGUCAAGUGGUGUUUUCCAUGUGUCAUUCCCCAUGUGCCUCACCUGAGGUGUCUAAAAAUACAAGAAUUAAACUUGGAUGAAAAGCCGGUCUAACAAC